AGGAAGUGGGUGGUAGGAGCCGAGGAUGGAGCGAAGCCUGUGUAGCAACCACAGAUCAAUUUUCGCGAGGAAAGCGAUGUUACACCAGAGAAGAAAAUAGUGAACACGUCGUGUACCUGUGGGAGCGCAAAUACACGGACAAAUCUGCCAACGAGAGGACGAAAACGUGAAGUUAUCAAGCUGCUUUCACUGCCGAUGCGUGUGUAUAUAUAGCCUAGGUGUUUGUGUGUGUGUAUCUUUGGACUGAGGGACGUAUAGAGACGCCACAGAUUCUCAUUGAUCUCGCAUCUAUCUUUUAAAAUGCAUUUAAGCUCUGACAGUUUGUGUUCUGUCGUAGCUUCUAGGUUAGCAGUUGUGUAGUAGUGUGUAAUGUGUAUGCAAUGCACUGUCCUCAUCGUAGCACAUCAAAUGUGUUUGAGUGUGAACAAUGUAGUGGCGUGCUGCAGCGAUGUGGUGUGCAGAUUUAGCGAGGAUCCGUGUGAUACAGGCUUUUAAAGGAUGACACUAGCUUGAUUGAUUUUUUUAGUUUUUGAGAACUGGUUUUGGCUUUGAGCUAUCAGUAGGCUACACGUGUUAAACUGAAGAUGUUUACAAAGUUGAGUAUACCUAAUCAGUGGUGUGAUAGCUUAAAGUCUGGCAGUCUGAGCUGAUCUCAGGUUUCUACUCAGUCUCUCUGCUGGACUUGAGUUCACGCAGUACACGCUGGUCCCACUGAGCAACCUUGCGCUUAUUCAGCAGUUCCCACCACAGAGCCACAGAGACCGACAGCAAGUCAGUCUGUCAGUCUCUGCCAGCAGGUGAUGUCUGCUGGGGUCCAAGAGAGGCUCUUUUCUGUACUUUGUUAAAAACGGAUACAUUUGUAUUACUGUAGAGAAGAAAGGGUUGGCUUAUGAGAGGAUAUUGGCUGUUUAACGCCGGUUCAAAGCUGCCCCGUUUAACAUUUUUGGAUGCUAGUGACUUGACGGGCCGUUGUCACGCGCGGAAAGCCACGCGAUAGUGUGGGACAUCUAAACGCGUCACCUGGAAACCACUGGAGCCACGAGAUUGUCUAACAGGUGUGAGCCACGCGCCAUGGAUGAUUCUGGGAUCAUCCGAAGACGGAGACUGCAGAAGGAUCUACCUCUGCCCCGCAAAAGUAGCAGUUGCAGAACCAGUAACCGGAAAAGCCUCAUCCUGACCAGUACAUCCCCCACCCUGCCAAGGCCACACUCUCCACUGCCUGGACACAUAGGAAGCAGUCCGCUGGACAGCCCCCGCAACUUCUCACCAAGUGGUCCCGCCCACUUCUCCUUCGCCUCCUCUCGCAGGGCUGAUGGUCGUCGAUGGUCCCUAGCUUCUCUGCCUUCCUCAGGAUAUGGCACCAACACACCCAGUUCAACGUCAUCCAGCUCAUCCCAGGAGCGACUGCACCAGCUGCCCUUCCAGCCCACCAUGGACGAGUUGCACUUCUUGUCCAAGCACUUUGGCAGCACCGAGAGCAUCACGGACGAUGAUGGGGGCCGACGUUCGCCAUACAUUCGCCCUCGCUCUCGAAGCCUCAGCCCGGGGCGCUCGCCUUCCUGCUAUGACAAUGAAAUAGUGAUGAUGAACCAUGUCUACAAGGAGCGAUUCCCCAAGGCCACAGCUCAGAUGGAGGAGAGGCUAGCCGAGUUCAUCCAUCACUACUCUCCUGAGAGUGUUCUGCCGCUGGCCGACGGAGUCCUCAGCUUCAUCCACCACCAGGUAGCUGAACUGUCGAGGGACUGCCUCACCAAAUCACGUGAGGGCCUCAUUACCAGCGUCUACUUCUGUGAACUGCAGGAGAACCUGGAGAAGCUGCUGAAUGACGCUUAUGAGCGCUCAGAGAGUUCUGAGCUCACCUUCGUCAUCGAGUUGGUCAAAAAGCUCUUCAUCAUCAUUUCUCGUCCAGCCAGGCUUCUCGAGUGUUUGGAGUUCAACCCUGAGGAGUUUUACCAUCUGCUGGAGGCAGCAGAGGACCACGCCAAGGAGGGACAGCUGAUGAAGGCAGACAUCCCCAGAUACAUCAUCAGCCAGUUGGGGCUGACCAGAGACCCGCUGGAGGAGAUCGUGAGCCUGGACAGCUAUGACAGCGAGGGUCCAAAUACUCCUGAGACCGAUGACUCAGCUGAGGGUAGAACCAGAGCCAUCAAGCCACCAAGUGAAGAGGAUUUCCAGAGCAUCAAACUCAUCAGUAAUGGGGCUUAUGGUGCCGUCUAUCUGGUGCGCCACAGGGAGACACGUCAGCGUUUUGCCAUGAAGAAGAUCAACAAGCAGAAUCUGAUCCUGAGGAAUCAGAUCCAGCAGGCUUUUGUGGAGAGGGACAUCCUCACCUUCGCAGAGAACCCGUUUGUCGUCUCCAUGUUCUGCUCUUUUGAAUCGCGGAGACAUCUGUGCAUGGUCAUGGAAUAUGUUGAGGGUGGUGACUGUGCCACUUUGUUGAAGAACAUCGGGGCUCUGCCUGUGGAGCUGGCACGGAUGUACUUUGCAGAGACCGUUUUGGCCCUUGAGUACCUUCACAACUAUGGUAUCGUCCACAGAGACCUCAAACCAGACAAUCUGCUGAUCACCUCCAUGGGACACAUCAAGCUAACAGACUUUGGCCUGUCGAAGAUGGGUCUAAUGAGCCUCACCACCAACCUGUACGAGGGACACAUUGAGAAAGACGCCAGAGAGUUCCUGGAUAAGCAGGUCUGUGGUACCCCAGAGUACAUCGCUCCAGAGGUGAUUCUCCGCCAGGGUUAUGGAAAACCGGUGGACUGGUGGGCCAUGGGCAUCAUCCUCUAUGAGUUCCUGGUAGGCUGUGUGCCUUUCUUUGGAGACACUCCAGAGGAACUGUUUGGACAGGUCAUCACAGACAAUAUAGUUUGGCCAGAAGGUGACGAGGCUUUGCCUGGUGAUGCCCUCUCUCUCAUCUCUGCUCUGCUGCAGACCAACCCUCUUGUGAGGUUGGGUACAGGUGGAGCCUUUGAGGUGAAGCAGCACUCAUUCUUCAAUGAGCUCGACUGGAACAGUUUGCUGAGACAGAAAGCUGAAUUUGUCCCUCACCUCGAGUCAGAGGAGGACACCAGUUACUUUGACACACGCUCGGAUCGUUAUCAUCACAUCAAUACGUACGACGAGGAUGACACCAAUGAUGACGAGCCUGUGGAGAUCAGACAGUUCUCUUCCUGCUCUCCUCGCUUCAGCAAGGUGUACAGCAGCAUGGAGCAUCUGUCUCAGCUGGAGCAGAAAGCUACGACCUCUGUGUCCCGUCGGGAGCACAAGGGCCCGAGGGAGGACAAGGUAACCAAGAGAGAGAGCCUGGGCAGCUUCAGCAUGAGAGACAAGAGCUGGAGGACUGGAUCUCCUGAGAUGAAGCGCCUGUCUUGUUCAGAGUCCCUGUACAUGGAGGGGGAUGCGAGCCCACCCCUCGGUGCCCGCAGACGCUUUUCAGCCCUGAUGGACACACAUCGUUUUGCCUCACCUCAGGAUGGCGAGCCGGACUUCCUGUCCCGCCAGGUGCCCAUCAAGAUGCGUGGAACCUCCCUGGAUGGAACCAGCGUCCCCUCACCGAGCCUCCUGGAGCAGAGGAACAGUCUGAAGGAGAUCAAUGGAGCAGACAAAUCCCCUCGACAGGGAGAGACACCUGGAGUUACCGCGGCCAUUGCUAUAUUAUCCGCAGGACCUGCAACAGCCGGACGAGAUGUGAUGACCCCUCUGUACGACCCUCUUGGGCCUCGGGCCACUAAUGACCUGGUCCUCCGCAGGGCGAGACAUCAGCAUCUGUCUGGUGAUGGGGAGAAGCGCAACUCAAGAGCUGGAAACAAGGUCACCAAGUCAGCCUCUGCUACAGCCCUGUCUGUCAUCAUCCCCUCAGUGGAGCAGCACGGUGGCUUCUCUCCGCUAGCCAGCCCCAUGUCCCCUCAUUCCUUCUCUUCCAACCCCUCAUCCCGAGACUCUUCACCCAGCAGAGACUUCUUCCCAGUGGUCAGCAUACUGCGAUCUCCCAUCACCAUCCAUCGGUCUGGAAAGAAGUACGGCUUCACUCUAAGGGCCAUCAGGGUCUACAUCGGGGACAGUGACAUCUACAGUGUGCAUCACAUCGUUUGGCAUGUGGAGGAUGGCGGCCCCGCCCAGGAAGCUGGUCUGUGUGCUGGUGACCUUAUCACCCAUGUCAAUGGGGAGCCCGUUCACGGUCUGGUCCACACUGAAGUGGUGGAGCUCAUCUUAAAAAGUGGAAACAAGGUAACAGUGACAACCACACCUUUCGAGAACACCUCCAUCAAAGUGGGUCCUGCCCGCAAAGCCAGCUACAAGUGUAAGAUGGCCAGACGAAACAAGAGGACCAUGGGAAAGGACAGUCAGGACAGUAAGAAGCGUAACUCCUUGUUCCGUAAGAUCACAAAGCAGUCCAACCUGCUGCACACCAGCCGCAGUCUGUCCUCUCUGAAUCGCUCUCUGUCCUCCAGCGAGAGUCUUCCUGGCUCCCCGACUCACAGCUUGUCUGCCCGCUCCCCGACUCAGGGCUACCGCUCCACCCCUGAGCCCUCAUACCUGGGUUCCUCUCAAAGCAGCUCUCCAGCCUCCAGCACUCCAAACUCCCCUGCUCCCUCUCAGCACAUGAGGCCCAGCUCCCUGCAUGGCCUCUCCCCUAAACUCCGCCACCAGUACCGCUCUGCCCGCUGUAAGUCUGCCGGUAACAUCCCCCUGUCCCCGCUGGCCCACACACCUUCCCCGACCCAGUCUUCUCCGCCACCAUUACCGGGCCACACUGUGGGAAGCUCCAACACCACCCAGUCCUUUCCUGUUAAGCUUCACUCCUCUCCUCCAGUGGUCCGACCCAGACCCAAGAGCGCUGAACCCCCACGAUCACCUCUCCUCAAACGGGUGCAGUCAGCAGAGAAGCUGGGCUCGCCUCUGACCCAGUCCAGCUCUACAGGAGGGCUGGGGGGUCCGCUGAGGAAGCACAGCCUGGAGGUGCAGCAUUCUGAGUACAGGAAGGAUGCCUUCCUCUGCGAGCUCGGCCUUCAAAGCCUGCUGGAGACAGAUGGGGAGAAUUUGCCUCCUAAUCCUCCGCCCCUGCACUCAUCUUCAUCCCCUUCUACCCCAGAGACCGGGGUCCUUAAGCCUGUGAGGAGGCUGGGAAGACAGGAGUCACCACUCAGCAGGGAAACGCUUCUGGCAGGGAGGGAGAGAGAAGAGAGGGAACGAGGGAGGGAGAGGGAGAGAGAGAGGGACUCUGAUACUGGGACAGUCAUGGAGAGACUGGGUCGGAUGGGAGCAACAGUGUCCCCAUCAUCCUUAACAAGAAAACCUCAUACAGCUGAUCUGCCCCUGGGCUCACAGGCUGGACCAAGCUCCAGGAUAAGUGCAGAAAUCACAAAAGCAAUGACUCCAAGCACUUCGACCAAAACAACAGGAGGUCUAGUUGGUCACAGGGGGCCUGAAAAGAGUCUGGUAGACUUCAUUCCCAAACAGCCAGACCUCAGAGCUGUCAAAAGUUUGUUAUCUAGUGGCAGAGAUGCCCAGGAGCAGCUAGGAAGCAGAACUGAACCAAAGCAGGAAGGAAACCACAAGAGUUUGAAGCCUGGUUUACCUGCUGCUGCUUUCACCAAAAGCUCUGUUUGUACCCCAGACAAAUCCUUCAGCAUGAACGCCAUAGUGACAGCAGGUCCUCCAAGCAUGGGCAAAACCUUUAAACCAUCAGGCAUGGGGGACAGCCUGAGAAAAGUAGAAAGCAGCGACUCAAGAACUCAGGACAUCAGCCCUAAAAGCCCCAAACUCCCAGCUCGCAUUCUCGUGCCUGCCGUCCCCCCACAUGGACAGCCGCUCUCCCUCGGUAAGGUAAGGCAGGGGCUUGGGCCAGUCAACUGCUAUCGAGGAACUCUGGACUGGGAGGACAAAUGUCGCCUGGAGGUGGUGGAGGAGCACUCACCUUCCCCCUCCCCUUCCCCGACUUCUGUCGCCCCUUCCCUGUGUGGACCUUCCCUCUGUAAAUCACGGCCCGUCUCCCCCGGCGACAAGACAAGCUUUGUCAGUCAGCUGACCACUGUGGCCAAAAACGUCCUCGGACCAAUCAAGCUGGGCUCUCAGGAGGGGGCCAAGAGCAAAGAGCACCAGAGUAAGGCAGCAGAGGAGAAGCAGGGAGGCACAGCAGCAAAGUCUGACACUCUUGCAGGAGGUCGAGUGGUUGUUGGAGCUGCAGUGGUGACACAAAGUCCUGCUGGUUCACCUCUAGAGAGGGCUGCAACAGGUAGCACCCCCCCUAAAAUCUGACUCCUUAACUGGUCUAAGUAAGAAGGAAAAGAUGCCUUUUUUGAAGAACAAUGCAACAGAAGUAAAGCACUUAAAGCAAUGUACAUUCCAGUUUAAAUGUAUAUAAAAUGUUAUUUAUUGAUUCCGAUCAUUGACUGACUCUAACUUAAAACCAAGAGUAAAGUAGUCUACUGUAAAGGUGCAUUUUCUUUUGUUUUUCUUUUAUAAAGUAUUUAAUAAGAAGACUCUUAAUGUGAUGUGGAACACUUUACCAGAUGUAUCUUUGUGUGGGUCUAUGUGAACGCAUGUCAUAUGGUUAUGUACUGUACAUGUAUUAUAGGUACAAGAAGGUCAAAAAGUGCUUUACCGAUCAAAACAUGCUGAAUACUGUGAAUACCAAAUCCAGACACUCUAUUUUGUCCUUCAGUCAGCCUUUUUGUCUUCACCUGUCCUUCAAAUAGGACAAUGAUACAGGGGAGGGACUGAAGCGCAGGCAAAAUGUAAAUCUUGCAUCAAACAACACAAAGACACACAGCCUCAGUUUGGAUACAGCGGGUAAAAUCAAGCAACAUGAUUAAGCUUAUUUCCUCCUCAUGCAGCAGUUUCCUGGGCUGAUGUGCACAGUCAGACACAGCAGUGAAUGUCACAUCAAACAAUGUCCAGCAAUGUCUGCCUGUCACAGUGGUUCUGCGUGUGUGUUUGUGUUUGUGUUUGUGUGUGUGUGUGUGUGUGUGUGUGUGUGUGUGUGUGUGUGUGUGUGUGUGUGUGUGUGUGUGUGUGUGUGUGUGUGUGUGUGUGUGUGUGAAGCCACCUUGGGUCUAUUUCUGGUGGUUCUUGAAGGCUACAAGGCUAACAGAGCUCAGGCUCAGAGCUUAUCUCUCCUUUGCAGGAGGGCUACCACAGCCCUUCUCCUCUCCCUCUGCCUCUAACUGUAGCCUGCUCACACACACAGACACAUAGACGUACACACAUGCACAAACACUCACAUUACCACAGCAGGCAGCCAUGUCAGCAGUUCAUUUUCAUGCAUUUAAAUCCAUACCCAUGCAGUCAGUCGAAAGGGACGUUAGUAUGUUUGUGAGCGAGUUUGUGUGUUAAGAAGUGUGCGAGAGUGUUUAAAGUAAUUGCACUUGACACGGUUGACACAGCAAGGGUCACGACAGGAACCAAGCUGGAACUAAAUCCACAACGGUCAAGAUCCAAUGAUAGCUUAUUGCUUUGCUACACUUUUAACAAAUGGAAACAGUAUGUAUAGAAUUAAUAAUAGCACAUAUACAGUGGACCCAUGGGCUGUUUUCUGUCAAACGAGAAAGGCUGACAGUCAUGGAUGUAGCAUACUGCAAGGUGAUUAAGGGCUCCAUAGCUGAGGUUGUUAGGGUUUAUUAGAGUGAACAUGUUGAUGUUACAACAAAAUAUUCACAAAGACUGUCGUAAAGCACUACAAGUUGGGCAGAUUGAUCAAUCUAAGUCUCACAUUGUGCUGUGUAAUUUACCAAUUGAAGUAUCUGCAUCAUUUAUGUCAGCAGGAGUGCUGAAAAGAACAAUGUUCACAAGGAAAGCAUCUAUCUCUUGCCACCCCUGAUUUUAUUCAUCUCCUCUAUACUCAGUAGUUAUCCAGUGUACAUAAUCUUAUGCAAACCAUUUAAACAUUUUGAUCCAUGUUUAAUUUGAUUCUUUUUAAAAUAUGACUAUUUGACAGCCAUUUGAUUUCAGUGAUCUUGAUUUCACUAAGCUCUACAUAUGUAAACUGAUUCAACCAACAACAGCAAUUUAAUGCCAUGGUAGAAGUUCAAACAGUAAAUUUUAAACUUGAGUCUCAAACAACUAUGGCUUGGUCUGUAUGACAGUUUUCACUGGCAAAAUGCUCUCUAACACUUACCUAGCUGUUGUAUGUGAGGUCUUUAUUGCACAGCUAUGCAGGGAGCUGUAAUAAUAAGCUGGAAGUGGCCAAAAGCUAGUAGGAAAUUUGUCUCUGUAAAAUUGGCUGUACAAUCCUUUUAUGCAUCUUUAAUGAUUGAUUUUAAUUUCCUAUUUUAAUGAAUAUCCUGUCUACAAUUCUUAAACCUAAAAGUGAUUGAGGGUUAAGAAAUUAUUUUGAUGUCCGAGAUUGUACCCAAAACAACGUGUACAUUUUAUUUAUUCUGCGUUGUAUUCUACUGCCCUCCAGUGGCUCAAAACAUCCACUGUUGAACAUGUUUCCAUGCAGUUUUUAUGAAUAAUAUGUUGGAGCAUUUCUGUGAUGAAGCCACGAGCACCAAAACAAAAAUCAGCCAUAGGAUUACUGAAUAUGCAUUUAUGUUUCUAAACACAGUAUUUGCAGUAUUUAUCAAACAAACACUUGAAAAUGAGUUUAUUCCUCCUCCAAUGUUGUGGUCUUCACCUGACUGUUAAUUAUAUCUUCUGGAAUAUGGAUUAACAUUUUUAAAUAGCUGUCUAAUAUAUUGUACUGUUAAGAAGGAGUUAUUUUGUAUCUUUAUGUAAGGAAACCAGUAAUCAGGUCAGCUCCUGGUUCAUAAAACUGACUGUAAUGUAAUAUUCUACAGCUGUUGUGCUCACUUUCAGGCCUUUGCCCAAUCAGUGGUGUCUAUACUCGUGUUACAUGUUUGACAAUUUAUUUUUUCUUUUUGAGAUUGACAGAGAGAGUAGUAGUAUAUAUGCACUUUAUCUGAAAAAAAAGAUUUUUUAUUUAUUUGCAUUGUUUGUAAGUUACUUUGAAAAAAAAUAGAAAAUAUACUGUAUAAAAAUAUUGAGUCUACAAAUGAACACUAAAUCCAAGUAUAAAAACAUUCCACAUUUCUCUGUUCACUGAAAGUGUUUUUAUUUGUACCAUUGGGCAUUUUUGUUUGUGAUAGAUGUAAUUAAAUGCAGACACCUGAAGUGCAGUAUGUGGAAUAAAAUUCUGAGGUUUGUUUCAAA